CUUCCACUGACUGAUCUUCCAGUUUUUACUUCUUUCCCUCUCUUUUCCCGUUCCUCCGUUCUUUGUGGUUUCCUCCAACGCAAAACCCUAAUCCUAAUCCUGAUUUAGUUUUUCUUCUGCUGCUGCGACAAUGGGAGCGAUCGGAGAUGGGUGUCAUAAUUGGGACUAAGGAGAUCGCCGGGGAUGGGGAAAAUCGAGGAGGAGCAGGCGUUCCACGCGGUACCUGCAUCACCGGAGCCAGCACUGGAAAAUGCUGCUCGUAGAUGUCCGCCAUGCCGUUCGGUCGGUAGGAUCGUGAACCUUAGAUGCAUCGCGGCGCUGCUACUGGGUGUUGCUGUGCUGCUGUCGGGGAUUUUAUGGCUGCCUCCGUUUUUCCGGCGUGGCUCCGGAGCUGAGGGCGUCAAUCGUGAGCCGCAGUAUGGAGCUGAUGUGGUGGCAAGUUUCAGAUUACAAAAACCCUUUUCCUUGCUGAAUUCAACGGUUGCUAAGCUUCAAUAUGAUAUCUUUAAUGAGAUUGGCGUUCCAAAUACCUCUGUAGCUAUUAUUUACCUGGAUCCUGUAGGAAUAAACACAACCAAUGUUGUGUUUGGCGUGUGGCCUUAUCCAAAGAAUUCAAAUAUAUCAACCGGGCUCAGCAUUCUCAAGUCUUCUCUUGUGUCGUUGGUUCUACAACAAUCUACCCUUCAUUUGACGACAAACUUGUUCGGAAGCUCAUAUUUUUUUCAGAUUUUAGAAUUUCCCGGAGGAAUUACUAUAGUACCACCGCAAUUUGCUUUCCUUCUACAGAAAGAGCAUAUGCUUUUCAACUUUACUUUGAAUUUUCCAAUCUAUGAAGUCCAAGACAAAGUUGAUGAACUGAAGGACCAGAUGAAGUUUGGUUUAGGUCUAAAAUCUUAUGAGAUUUUGUUUGUCAAAUUGACAAAUACAAAGGGUUCUACCGUGGCUCCACCUACAGUUGUUGAGACAUCCAUUGUGCUUGCAGUAGGGAAUAAUCAACCAUCUAUGCCAAGAUUGAAGCAGUUGGCUGAAACUAUCAGAAAUUCCUCUGCAGGAAAUCUUGGUCUUAAUCACACUUUAUUUGGCAGAGUUAAGCAGAUUCGUCUCUCCUCAUUCCUUCAACAUUCUUUAAAUAGUGGGGUUGGUUCUAUCUUAUCUCCUAGUCCAGCUCCUCAACCUCAUAUAGGUGCUCGUCACCAUAAUCCUGGCACUCAGCGCCAUCGUCACUCCAAUAUUCACGAUCAUGGGGGCCAUUCUGAUGUGCAUGUUGCACCUGCACCUUCCCCAAAACCCUUAUUUACCCAUCUUGCUCCAACCCCUUCUGGUUGUAAUCUUGGAUUUUCAAACAACCCCAAGAGAAAACCUGAGAUUGUUCCUGUAGCAGCUCCUGCAGCCACACAUCAUCUACUUGCUCCUUCACCAAAUGAAGUUGUGCCUGCACCUUCACCACAUUUGCAUCGAAAGUCACAUUUGCCACAUGUCGUUUUUUCUCAUGCAAAACCUCCAAGUGAAAGUGUAAACCAUGCCAAACCUCAGGAUGGGGCUCCAUUUAUUUCGGCUUCACCAUCUUCUUCAUCUGCGGCAGCUGGCCUGACAAAAACUGGUUGGGUUUUUGCGCUAUUCUUACAUCGAUUGUUGCCGUUAUAACCCUGAGAGGAAACAUUUUGUUCUCUGGAUUCAAACCUCACCUGAAGGAAGAAGCUGUAAUUUUAAUAGAUGCAAUGUAUAUAAGGAUAUAAAAAUGCUGUUAACAGAAAUAUAUAUACAUUUCAUGGUCAAAGCCACAGUGGUGGCAGGCCUUCUGUCAAUCUUUGUAGUGCGCCUCUACUUCCAUGUACUUUUAUGCAAAAAUCAAGAAAAAAAGAGGGUUUUUUCGCUUAAUAAGUAGAGGAAAAUGU